UAUAUAUUUCCAAAGAAACGGCGAUUCUUCCCUUCUUUAACAUUUUGACUCUCAUCUCUUCCUCUCUUAUAGUAGAUUCAUCACAGUUAAAAAAGAAAUCUUUAGUUUCUCUCUCUUUUGGUGGGAUUAUUACAGAGCGAGCGAGAAAGAUGGAGAGAAGAACAAGAAGAGUAAAGUUCACGGAACAUUGCACGGUCAAACCCGUGGCAGCUAAGCCAUCCAACGGCUCUCCGAGAGUGGUCCGAAUCGCUUACACAGACCCUUUCGCCACAGACUCAUCUAGCGACGACGAAAACGACAACAACAACCUUACGGUGGCUUCUCCAACUCCGAGAGUGAAACGUUACGUGGAGGAGAUCAGGUUCGGCGAAACCAAACCCAAGGCGGCGAGGAAAACUAGAUGCAAGGCGGAGAAAGGCGGCCGCGUCGAGAGGAAGGCUGACGUGUCGACGAAUCCCGUAAAGUACAGAGGCGUGAGGCAGAGACGGUGGGGGUCCUUCGCGGCGGAGAUAAGGGAUUCCUCGACGCGGACUCGGAUUUGGUUAGGGACUUUCGCCACGGCGGAGGAGGCCGCCGUCGCUUACGACCGAGCCGCGAUUCGUCUCAAAGGUCACAACGCUCUGACUAAUUUUCUCACUCCUCCUCCUCCUCCUUCGCCGGAGGAAACGCCGCCGGUUAUCGAUCUGAAAACGGUUUCCCGGUGCGAUUCGGUGAAGCAGCAGAGCCUCUGUUCUCCGACCUCUGUUCUUCGAUUCAACGUCAAAGAGGAAACGGAGUAUCGGACGGAGCUGGAGACGGAACCAAUCGAUCUGGCGGCGGAGGUGAAGCCGACCGCGGUAGAGAGUCUGUUCCAGGAUCCGUAUUCGUUGCCGGAGUUGUCUCUCGCCGGCGAGUAUUUCUGGGUUUCUGAGUUUCCUCCGGAGCCUCUGUUUCUGGAUGAAAUCGAAAUCACUGAACCGGUCGCGAACCGGAAAGAAGAUAACGAACCGGAAGAUUUCUCGUUCCAUUUGUGUGGAGAUUUCGAUGCAUCUCCAUGGGAUGUCGACGAUUUCUUCGAGCCUGAUUAAUUAAAGAAAUUUGAUUUUUACUGGCUCUGAGAUUUUUUUUGCGACGAUGGUGAUGACGUGGAUGCAUCUAGACCGUAUGCUUGCCUUUUACGUUCAUCGACGUGGAUGGUUCUGAUAGGCUGGAUGCUGGAGCGCGAGAAUAGCUCUGUUUAAUUUAUAUUGUUGCUGGUUAAGUACUCUAGUUAAGAUAAAAAAUGUCAGUGUCGCUUAAGGUUUUUGGCCCAACAUUUUCGUUAUUUGCUGGUCUCAACGUCAGGAAGCAGUAUAUACAAAGUGCUUAUAAUGUUUAUAUUAAUAAUAUUUUUUUAUCAA